AGUCGCAGAGCCGCAGGCAGCCCCGCCCGCUGCAGCCUGACUCGCUCGCUGGCUGUGUCUCUGCCCGAGCGCUCUGCGAAAGAUCCGCGGUGGAGAGCCGCAAUACAGUGAGCCAGAAGCGGCACUGGAAAGACGGAGUCGUAGAUAGAGGAGGAUCUGGAUCCGUGGCAGCGGUGCGGCGGCGGCGAUGUGCGCGGCGGGGAUGAGCUGGAACGGGCCGGCGCGGGCCCUGCUGUGCUGCGUUCUGCUGUGGGCAUGGGAAGCGGCGUGGGGGCAGCUGCGCUACUCAGUCCCCGAGGAAAUGCCCAAGGGCUCUUUCGUGGGUGAUGCGGCAAAAGACCUGGGCCUGCAGAUGACGGCGAGCCGGGACUUCAGCAUUGUAGAUAGAGGUAGGACGCAGUAUUUCUCUCUGCACGGCAAAACGGGACAUUUGGUGACGGCCGAGAGGAUAGACAGAGAGCAGCUGUGCGAGAGUGAGCAGCAGUGCGUGCUGCGGUGCGAGCUGAUAGUGGAGGGGGAAAUGAAAGUGUACGGAGUCGAAGUGGAAAUCAGGGACAUUAAUGAUAACGCUCCGGGUUUCAAGGAUGUUGAGCUGGAGGAGAGAAUGAGUGAGACAACCCCUCUUGGUUCACGAUUUCCCCUGGUCGAGGCUCAUGACCCGGACUCGGGACCGAAUUCCCUGCUGAGCUACGAGCUGAGCGGUGACGAGCACUUCUCGCUGGCCGUGCAGGCGGGCCCUGGCGGAGAUCGGCGACCCGAGCUGGUGCUGGCCAAGGCGCUGGACAGAGAAGAAGCGGCGUUUCACGAUCUGGUGCUGAGAGCGAGGGACGGCGGAGAGCCGUCGCGGACGGGCACGGCCCGGAUCCGCGUGGUGGUGCUGGACGCGAAUGACAACGCGCCCGUGUUCAGCCAGGCUGAGUACACAGUGCGUGUGCCCGAGGACGUGCCUAUCGGCUCCACCCUCGUUACCGUCACAGCCACCGACCCCGACGAGGCACUCUAUGGAGACGUGAAAUACUCGUUGAAGAAAAUUACAGAGAAAGCCUCGAAGCUUUUCGACUUGGACUCUGUGACGGGAGCGAUCAGGCUGGUGAGGAGCCUGGACUUCGAGGAAGGAAAUUCCUACGAACUGGAGGUGCAGGCACGGGACGGCGGCGGCCUUUCUGAUACGGCGAAAAUCGGGAUCACAGUAACAGACAUAAACGACAACCAUCCUGAAUUGACAGUGACAUCUCAGCUGAAAGAGAUCUCUGAGGACGCUCCGCAGGGAACGGUAGUGGCCCUGCUGUACGUGCAGGACGGGGACUCGGGGGUCAACGGCCAGGUGCGGUGCUCUCUAGAUGCAGGUGUCCCAUUCCGCCUGGAGAAGUCGUUUGAUGAUUACUACCGAGUGGUGACGACGAAGGAGCUGGACAUGGAGGAGAUCUCGGAGUACAACGUCACAGUGAGGGCUGCCGACGGCGGGUCUCCGUCUCUAUGGAGCAGCACGGUGCUGAACCUUAGGGUGCUGGACGUUAACGACAACGCACCGGUGUUCAGCGAGGCGAGCUACAGCGCCCGGCUGGCCGAGAACAACGCGGCGGGCGCGCUGGUGCUGACGGUGCGGGCGAGGGACGCGGACUGGGGGCAGAACGCGCGCGUGCGGUACCGGCUGGGCGAGGGGCGGGUGCGGGACGUGCCGCUGUCGUCGUACGUGUCGGUGCAGGCGGAGACGGGCGCGCUGUACGCGCUGCGCUCCUUCGACUACGAGGAGGUGCGCGAGGUGGGGCUGUGGGUGGUGGCGGAGGACGGCGGCUCCCCGGCGCUGAGCAGCAACGUGUCGGUGCGGAUCGUGAUCGUGGACGAGAACGACAACGCGCCGCAGGUGCUGUACCCAGCGCCGGCGCCCGUGUCCGGGGCCGGUGUCCGUGGCUGGUCGGGGGUAGAGCUGGCACCGCGGUCGGCGGAGCCCGGGUCGCUGGUGGCCAAGGUGGUGGCGGUGGACGCGGACGCGGGUCAGAACGCGUGGCUGUCGUACGAGCUGGCCAAGGCGACGGAGCCGGGGCUGUUCCGCGUCGGGCUGCACAGCGGCGAGGUGCGCACUGCGCGCUUCCCGCUGGCCCGCGACGCGGCCCGGCAGAGCCUGGUGGUGCUGGUGAAGGACCACGGGCGGCCGGCGCUGUCUGCCACGGCCACGCUGACGGUGGUGCUGGCCGAGAGCGUGGCCGAGAUGCUGGCCGAGGUGGGCAGUGCGGCGGCAGCAGUGCCGGGCGAGCCAGCGGGCAGCCUGACGCGCUGGCUGGUGCUGGCCGUGGCAGCUGUCUCCUGCCUCUUCCUCGCCUUCCUGCUAUUGCUGCUGGCUCUGCGCCUGCGGCAGUGGCGCCGCUCGCAGCUGCCUCCGCCGGCGGGCGGGGUCUUACGCGGCGUCCCGGCCACGCACUUCGUGGGUAUCGACGGCGUCCGCGCCUUCCUGCGCUCCUACUCGCACGAAGUGUCUCUCACUGCCGACUCCCGCAAGAGCCAGCUCCACUUGUCUCCUGGCAGCUGCUGCGACACCCUUCCGGCGCGUCCACUGCCCGACGAGCCCGCGCCGCUGCUCGGGGAGGACCCUGCUGGCAUCCGCCCACAGGACGCUGACUCUGCCCCGGUGAGUGUCUGCUCCCACAUGUCUGCCCUUGCGGUCGGUUGCUGUUUCUCUGCUAUCCCUCCCCUCCCUGCUCUGGCUGCUGCCAAGUCAGGGUUCCUGACAAGGAAGGCGAAGUCUUCUGGAGCAUCAUGCUGGCUCCUGCCGGCAGGUGACCGUGGGAUGGUGUCUCAAUGUGAUAUCUGCCGAGGGAGGAAGGAAGAGUGA